AUGGCGCCUAGACUUCGUCCCCCACCCCAGCCAAACGAGGCUGAUCCUUCUAACAAUACCAGGAUGUUGGAGACAGUCAUUGACAGGCUGCAACAACAGAACACCACUUUGAUAGAACAGAACGCUGCCUUGAUGAGGCAAAACCAGGAAGCACUGAACAGUUUGGAGGCUUCACGUAUCAGUUCAGAAGCAACGCAGAGGCAAUUAAUGGAUAUUCUGGCAGCUAGCCGAGGCACACCAGGAGCCUCUUCUUCUAAUGCUGCACCUCAUGCGGAAUGGAGUUUGGAAAGCUUCUUGCAACACCAUCCUGCAAAAUUCAAUGGAAAAGGGCUUCCGGAUGAAGCGGAUCAGUGGCUUAGAGACAUGGAGCGGAUCUAUGAUGCCAAAAGAUGUCCAAAUGAAAACCGUUUGGCAUUCACAGAAUAUUUGUUGAUGGGAGAAGCUAGCCAUUGGUGGUCAAGUGUGAAGAUGUUGUUGACCGAAGCUCAGAGUCCCAUUUCUUGGGAGGUUUUCAGAACUAAAUUCUACGAAGAGUAUUUCCCGGACAGUGUGCGUUUUGCCAAAGAAGUGGAGUUUCUCCAAUUAGUACAAGGUGGUAUGUCCGUCUCGGAAUACACCAACAAAUUCAAACAUCUGGUCCGUUUUAAUACCAUGGCAACCAGUGAAGAAUGGCAAUGCAGGAAGUUUGAGAACGGGCUUAGAAGUGAUUUGAAAGUGUUGAUAUCCUGCCUGUGCAUUCGGUCUUUCCCUGCCAUGGUGGAGAGAGCUAAGGUUCUGGAGAAGAACGUUGCUGAGGCAGAGCAACAGAAGAAACAGCAAGCGAGUAGGGGGCCAGUCCAGUCCAGAGGUGCUAUGAACGUAAGAAGGUCUCCAUAUGUUCGUCCAACUCAAUCAUCUGGCGGAUCACAAGCCUUGGUCACUGUUGGCCAAACUGGACAGCAAAGGAGUUUGACGUGCUAUCAGUGUGGAGGACCACAUUUGAGAUGGGCUUGUCCUCAACUUUCUGGAGUAAAACAUUGCAACAAAUGUGGGAGAAACGGGCACUCGGAUCAGGAGUGCAAUGUGGGAGGACGAGCGGUAAUGAGACCGCCAAAUGCUGAAAGAGCUCAACAAGGGAGAGGUGGACGUGCACAAGCAAUAGGAAGAGUGUAUGCUAUUACUGGUGCUGAAGCUGCUCGUUCAGGUACACUCAUCACCAGCACUUGCUUAUUGUUUGGAAAGCCGUGUGGUGUGUUGUAUGAUUCGGGGGCAACUCAUUCCUUCAUCUCGAAGGCAUGUGUUGAGGAGUUGGGGCUAGUGGAGAGCGAGUUACAGUUCGACUUGGUGGUGUCAACCCCAGCGGCUGGUGGGAUUAAGACAUCUACAAUUUGUGUGAGAUGUCCUAUAGAAGUUGAGGGACGUAGAUAUAAGGUUAAUCUCAUUUGCCUACCCCUUCAAGACUUAGAAGUAAUUUUGGGGAUGGAUUGGUUAGCUACCAAUCGGAUCCUCAUUGAUUGUGGGAAGAAGGAGUUAGUCUUUCCAGAUGAAGAAGAAGAAGAACUAUCAAUUACUCUUGGACAGUUUAAGGAGGACAUCAUGGAGGGAGCAAGCUGUUUCCUUAUCAUGACUUAUGAAGGCAACGAGAUAGAGCGAUCGUCCAAUGUGGAUAACAGUGGAGGACGAACCGUAGUGGAUGAAUUCCCGGAUGUAUUUCCGGAUGAAGUCCCUGGUCUACCUCCCAUUCGUUAG